UUUCGGCCAAGAUGACAUGUUUCGUGUCAUGCUACGAUUCGUGAACAGAGUUCUUCCUAAUGACAAGCUGCAAACUGCGUUAAUCAGCAAAAAUGGAUUUCUUCACGGUGCCUUCUGGGACUCUAUUUUAUAUGGGAAAAUUGAAAUGUUACAGUUAAUCAUGAAGGCUGUUAAAGAAAUUAUGGGACCAGACUCACAAUUGAACCUCGUCAAAUCCAAGCGUUUGGGAAUUGUUUUUGGAGUGGGAGAGGUUGUUGUUGGAUCGGAAUUUGUUCCUGCAUUCCCCGAUUUCAUUAAUAUCCUGGCUAAAACAAUGAUUGAGAAUAAUCCUGACGGUUAUAAAUACUUCCACGAUUUGAUCUUCCACGACGAAAGAAACAUUAUCUCACUGAAGUCUCUCGAUGCACAACAUCUUUCUGGGUUGAUGUCUGUCAACGGACGCGAAAAUUGGAUGAAACGCUUCUUGGGUGCCGCAAUAAAAGUUCCUGACGACUUUAUCUCUUCACUAGAAGAGGGUCUUCUUGUGAAAUUCAAUAACGAAGAGCUUCGGUGUUUUCUAACAGCGAUCAUUUCAAAUUUAGAUCAGUCGGCAAGAUCAAUUAGCGUAUGGGCAAAGCUCGUCCGUGGCUUCUGCAAAGGCAACAAAUACAUAAAUUCAAGUUCUGAUCAUAGCAUAGGUUUUUUUAAAAACAUGUUCAAUGACAUCUGGAAAAAGUUGGGCGAACAGGCUGUCGAAGAGCUCAUCUUCAGUGACAACGUUUCCACGGUCGAAUGGGUUGCACUACGAGGAUACACAGAGCUUUUGGAAGCCAUGUUGGCUGGAUUACCAACAGCAAAACAAGAGAUGUUAAGACAACGUCUAGCGAAUAACAAACACCAAGAGAGGUUCGAGAAAUUCCUAUCUGAUGUCCCGACAGGCGGGGACAGGCCUCAGUGUUAUUCCGACACCGUCAAGCUAAUACACUAUUGCCUGAAAAAUGGCAGCAAAGAACAAUUGUCAAAAUUUGCCAAAUCUGCCAUGCUCGUCUACGAAAUCCAAGGGAAGAAAUUUAGUAUUUGGAAUACCUUCAACGACACAAUUUUUACCAAUGAAGCUAGCUUUCAUAGAGACAUAAGGGAGAUCAUUGAAUUUAUGGCGGAGAAACUGGAUGUAGAUGACAUUAAAAUACUUAUGCUUCACGACGACAUAGGUAAAGGUUCCUUCUUUCUUCGACUUAUCCUUUGGGAAGGGGUUCGCUUCGCCUGGGAAAUGAUAGACUGUUUACCAGCAAAUGUGCGAGAGCCGUUCAACAUCUAUUUGAAAAACAAUGGACCUCAAAUUAUUCACAAAAUGUUUUACCUGAAAAGCACGGAAACGCUGAUAGCAAAAAUGCGCCAACGAGGUCGGAAGUAUUCGAUAUAUCUUUUGCAGUUUUACCUGCACAGUGGAAACGAAGAGCAAUUAGCGCAAUUUCUAGAAACCAUCACAACCAUAUGUUACGUCGGGAGCGCCAAACGUAGCUUGUGGGGAGCCGCAAGCCUACUCACGUUAACAACUGACGACACUAUCAACGAGUUUCUCGAAUGUGUCUCCCAGAAGCUGGGCACGAACGCAGUGAAAAAAUUGGUAUUGCACAAAGACAACAAUGAACUAGACGUCGUCAUGAUUUACGCAAUGCGGAAGAGUAGGUCGGACAUAUGUAUUGGCAUGUUUGCCCAUUUAGACGAUGAAGGCCGCGAUAGAGUUCGCCAUUUGGUCGCAUCACUUCCAUCCCAUACAGAUGUCGAACGCUAUGGUCAACAACUGAAAGAUAAUUGGCACACAGUGGACUUGAAUAAAAUCCACCAUACUCAUGGAAAGAAUGCUUUACUCACCGAAACAUCUGGUAUGGGCCACAAUGGAGAGAGCAGGACAUCCAUCUGUAAUGGUAGACAAACAAAGUAAAUAAUCAGUAGAUAGUUGGAAACAAAGCAAGUUCCAGAACUUUUCAACAGGCUGGAUAAAAUAAACAAAUACUACUAUCAAGAAAAAUUGAACUUCCGCCAGACCUGCUCGAUAGAGUCCCUCGCCCUGCACAACCCAAA